AUGCCAUUCCUAACCUCCCCCGCCUGUGUCGCUGCCCCGCCAUCACCCCCGCACUCUUACUCCAGCCGCCUUAGCCGCUCCUUCAGCUUCAGUCUCAAGAUCAGCUUCACGCUCAAGCCCAAGUCAGCGGCAUCCUCACGGCCAGCAACGGCGGCGGGGGUGGCGGGGGUGGUGGUAGUGCAGCCCGCUAUUCCCACCGCCGUGCUGUCCAUAAUCGCCGGGCACCUUAGGAACAGCCACGCGUGCGAGACCUGCUAUCUGCGAGACCUGGCGGCCGCGGCGGCGACGUGUAGAGGCUGGCGGGACGGGCUGGUUCCGGUCAUAUACCGCGACAUCGUCGUCGCCGCCUCCGCGGCCCCCUCGCCCUCUAGCUCCCCGCCCAAGCGCAAGAGCCGUAAACCCGGCACCCUCGGCACCCCCUUGCCCUCACAACUAAACCUCCUGCACCGCACACUAAGAGCGCGGCGCGACCUCGCAGGGCUGGUACAAUCCCUCACGCUGCCCCCACAUGCGCGGGAGAGCGACAUCGCGGGGCUCAUCAUGCUGUGCCCGAACCUGCGACGGCUGGGGAGCCCCUCGCCCUCAUUCGCGCUUGGCCGCUCGAGUCUCGUGCACGCGGCGCUCGCCACACAGACGGGCAUGGAAGAGCAGCUGUGGUACAUCACUGACACUUUGGGCGGCGGUGGCGGGCCAACCGAGCACUGGAGCGCCCUGCGCUCGCUCGUGCUGCUCGGCCGUAACCCGUGGGGCUUUGACGCGCGCGUGCUCCCGCCGCUCGCGCCGGUGCUCGCGAAUAUGCCCGCCCUGAGGAAACUCAUGGUCGCGGAGUUCAGCACGUUCGCGUUUACGGACGAGUCGCUGCUGUGUCUGCCGCCGGGGCUGACGCACCUGCGCCUCUCGCACCUCGCGGGGCUUGCACACGGUCGCCGCACUCCUCGCGAGCCUCCCGCACCUCCGCCGCUUCUCGCUAAACCAGGCCGCACUACCGCACUCCUCCCCCAGCCCCACCCCCCCAUGUUCCUCCCGCAGCCCCUCCCCCCACUCCUCGCCCACAAGCAAACCCUUAGUCCUAGCAUCAGACUCACUCCAGCACGUCCACUGGACUGUCCCAACACUACACCCGAACCACGAGUCAGCAACGGAAGUGCUGGCGCGGAGCAUCCGCGCCGGAGGGUUCCCCGCGCUGAGGUGGCUACACGCUCCGUGCGAUGAUGGUAGCCUCAGGGCGGCCUGUGCGGCGGCGGCGGUGGAGGAUGUGCAUGUGGAUUGGAUGGGG